UAAUAAUUUUUCAUCAUCAUAUGAGUCAAAAUAACUAUUGUUCAUGGAAAAAUAGUUUAUCAACAAUGUAUCUGGUGAAAAUUGUGUUAUUCUUAAUAGUACUUGCAGUUGUUAGUGCAGACGAUUCUUCAGUCACUUGUACUGAGAAGUAUUGCGAUAAUUAUCCAGGACAAACUGAUCCUGCAUGCCCUACACUACCAUCCUUAUGCAACAAAACCAAUUCUGACAGCGGAUUGUUUUUGCUAUCUCCUACUCCUUGCAACUGCUGUGAAUUCUGUAUUGCGUAUUUGAAUGAAGGUGAUACUUGUUCUACCGGUGAAAAAACGAGUGAUUCUCCUACUGAAAUUUGUGGCCCAGGACUUUUUUGUGAUCCGAAAACAGAAAAAUGCGUUGCAUUGACAGGUACACUUUGCCUAGAUGCCCAAGCAAAAUAUGAUAUGGAUAAAGAUAUGGGUAGAGUUGGCGAUUACCAAGUAAGGCCAAACUGCGAUGGAGAUGGAUAUUAUGUUCCAUAUCAAUGCAUUCCUGGUGGCAUAUGUUAUUGUGUCGAUAAAGAUGGAAAAAGAAUAUUUGGCAGUAUUGAUAACAAUGGAAGAGCAGAAUAUGAUCUACCUUGCACUUGUUCCCGAAAAUUCGAUGAUAUGAGUUACGUCAUUGGAAGAUCUUUGAGACCAGGGGAAUACCUACGAUGUGCCCAGAAUGGAGCAUAUGAAACUUUGCAAUGCAUUGACGAUAAAACUUGUUUAUGUGUCGAUACUAUUGAUGGAGCUGCCACAUUCUCAAACGCUGCACCAGUGGAGAUAUAUGCUUUAUCCAAUAACAGUUUAUCUUGUUUUAAUGAAACAGUGGAUAGAGAAGGAAAAUUUUAUAGACGAUGUGAAGAAUUAUAUAUGAAUUUGACGAAGGAAAUCGAAGAAAUAGAGGAUAAUUACGAUAUAGCGCUUGCUUAUGAACUUCCAGAUUGUACACCAGAUGGAAAUUAUGCUCCAGUACAGGAGGAUCACCAGUACAAAUACUGUGUGACACCAGAAGGUAUUCGUAUGAGCGAUUAUAUUGUGGAAAAGAAUUCUUCCAAUAAAGAACUUCUAGCUGACAUGAACUGCAAGUGUGCUAUGGCUACUGCAAUAAUGUCGUCUGUUGAAAAACCAUCAUGCUUGAAAAAUGGUAAUUAUGAUCCUAAACAAUGUAGGAGGGGUUCUUGUUACUCAGUGGAUGAAAAUGGUAAUCAAAUUAUAUUGACUCAUCCGAAUAGAGAAUAAUAAAUAUAUUUCUAAAAAUUG